AGUCCUAAUACUGACAGCACACAAUACUCAAAUGGUCCUCUGUCGAGCUGUUGUAAAGCUAUGAGAAGUUGCUUCGAAAAUCGGAGAGGAGACUGUUAAGAGGCGGAAGUGGGGGUGAGUUGCCUCUCUUCAUGUUUGGCUGGAGCUGAUCCAGAAUCAGAUUUAUGAGAGGCAGCUGCUGAGCUCUUGACAGACAGACGAGUGCAGGGAUUCCUGUGUUGCUGCUGCCGCUGCACAGAAGACAGCCAGGCUGCGUGUCAGUGCACAGCACAGUAGCAAGGAUGGUUCGUGAACAAUACAUCAGCACUACAGAUGAGUCUAGUGUUGCUGUUGCAGACUCCAUAUAUAAGAUUGGCAUCUAUGGUUGGAGGAAACGUUGCCUAUAUCUGUUUGUCCUGCUUCUAAUUAUCAUCCUGGUGGUGAAUUUUGGCCUCACAAUCUGGAUCCUAAGGGUGAUGUGGUUCAAUACGGAUGGCAUGGGAUACCUCCAGGUCACAGAAGAUGGGGUGAGGUUGGAGGGAGAGUCUGAGUUUCUUUUCCCAGUUUAUGCGGAAGAGAUUGACUCCAGAGAGCACUCAGCCCUGCUGAUGCACUCCACUGAUAAUGUGACACUGAACGCCCGCAAUGAGAAUGGAGAUGUAACUGGAAGUGUGUCUGUAGGUCCAGGACAGGCCAAGGCAUUUGGGAAACAUUUUAUUGUCAGCUCAAGUGACAAGACUCUGUUUUAUGCUGAUGGAAAAGAAGCGGUUGUGGGAACAGGGAAACUAAGAGUUACAGGUCCUCAAGGUGCGCUGUUUGAGCACUCUGUUGAGACUCCAAUGGUCAAAGCCGAGCCCCUGAAAGACCUUAGGUUGGAGUCUCCAACAAGGUCUUUGAGCAUGGAAGCCCCCAGAGGUGUUUACAUCAAAGCUUUGGCUGGGAAUAUAGAUGCUGAAUCAAGUCUGGAUGUUAUUUUGCAGUCAACCGAGGGUCUUCUGGUUUUAGAUGCUGAAACCAUUCGUCUUCCUAAGUUACCGACAGGUGAAGCAGGAUCACCAGGUGGCUCUCAGGGGCUGUACAACAUGUUUGAAGUGUGUGUGUGUCCCAGUGGCAAGCUGUUCCUCUCCAAAGCUGGGCUCUCCUCUACCUGCAGUGAAAGCCAAGAGUGCUGAAGUCCAGAGCAUCUGUGAACUGCUACUCAUGAGAUAAUAAUUUGGCUGGGCAAAAGGGGGCUGGUCACAGCGUACAUCCUAUGCAAUAUGAUUUUAUAGUGCAAUACGCAAAACUUGUGUAGUAAAUAUGAUUACUGUUAAGGAGCAACAGCAAAACUAUUGUUAGGUGUGUAAACAAAACAUGAAUCUGUCCAGCUUGCUUAAAUGAUUUAAUGAUUUUACAGCAAAAAGUAUUUGUUAAGAUUUAAAUAAACUAAUAUCAGCAAAAGUGUAUGAAAAAAUGAAGAUGGUCCAAGUAAAUCCAGCCACAAUGUGUCUCUGGUUGAGUAAUCUUUUAUAUGUUUUUGUGAGGAUUUUUUUUUUUUUGUGUGUGUACCAAAAAACAAAAUGUGAUGUUUUUUGUGUAAAUAAAGAAUAGAUUUUCUUCUUGGUUGCCUCAGAUAUAGCAGUCAUAUAAUAUAAAAUAUAUGAAUAAUUAAAGUAUGGAAAAUCAUUACCAUAGUAUUAAAAUGUUCUGGGGUAAAAUUUGAAGACGCAAUUUCCCCCAAAAUCAUCAUUAUUGAAAAUAAAAUAACAUUCUUUAUGGGUUCGCUAUGGUUUUAUCUAAUAUUUGAAGGUAAUUUACUAAUUUUAACGGAAGAUGGUUCUACUUGAGACCCCACAGAAAGCAAAAGAUUAACAUUGGGUUUUAAGUUCUAAAUUUUACAAUUUCAAAGUUAAACUUUUAUGGGCAAAACAGACCCCAGUGCAAGUUCAUUGGGGUAUACAUAAUGACACACAGGCACAAGCUAAACUUUUUAUGUACUUAUCAAUCUGAGGAAUGUCUAAAAUCAUCAUUUUUGCCAUAAUUCAGGUAGUGAUCAAUAAAGCAUUGUACAGAUUUCUCUCUUCAUGUGUUCAUAUUUUAGGACAAUGACUCAAUCAUGUAACAACCACAAUGUAAGAUGUUAUCUAGCUUUUUAUUCAAUACUGGUAAUAAUAUCCACAGUUCUUUUUUGGAUUCUUUUUAAAUAACUACAUUUGUUUCUAUGUAUUAGCUGUAAAAUAAACCCAGUUAGUACUGUGUACAUACACAUUUUUAUGGUACAUCUAUAGCAUGGUUUAAUAUUCAUAGAGAAAUUUAACUGAUAGAUUGAUUUAGGUAGUAAAGCUGACAGCAUGGAAGCUUUAAGCCUGAUAUUCCUAAAGCCUAUGUUCUGUUUUACAGUCCAUUGACAGGCCGACUGCAUGACAGUACACACACAUAUGGGGUGAUGUGAAAUUUAUUAGCUCUAUGGCACUGUUGAUAAGAGAUACACUGUAUGACAGAUUAUACAUUGAGAGAGUUAAAAAAUCUGUUGUAUCUGUGAUUGAUUCCAAACAAACAGAGCUGUAAUAAGGCAUGAAAUCCGUAUGAAAGUAAAAAAAAAAAAAAAAAAAAAAAAA